AUGGGUCGGAUCAUGGCCCAGAAGUCCGUGCAGGAGCAGGGCAAGCUGCUGCAACUAUGGCUAGAUCCCAGCACUUGUUCGCUGGUGCUCCCUUGCAAGGACCUGGAUGUCCCACUGGUGUGGACAAGGGCUGCAAGAGAGACUUCUGGAAGAGAGGUUCGACCGCAUGAGGCGGCAAAGCAUCACAGGGGCGGCGGGGAAGAUACCAAGAAGGUGCAGAUUGUCGCACGGGCAGAUUCCUCGGAGCCACCUGGCAUGCCACCUAUGAUGCGGUCGCGCGUGCGAAGGGCCUCGCUUGCUUCGAACAUGUCCAAGCUCUCCGCGUCCUCCUUCUUCACGCAGGAAAACCAAGCCGUAGGCAGGCUCGGCCAGUUCCUGCGAAAUCCGGAGUCCAGUCAAGCUGCGUGGGUCUUCGCCAGCUUAUGGAAUUACUUCAUCGCAGUGACGGUCUUCCUUUCUUUGGGCCAGACCUCGGUGAAUCCGCUCCUGAGUGGUGUGGCUAUUGGCAUCGCCGACGCCGUGGUGGAGUUCAUCUUCCUGCUGGAAUGUAUUGCAGAGAUUGCUGUGGAGCCGUGUGAGCUCAGCGUGCGGCUGGACUUCUCCAAAAACAUGUACACGCUCAUCGACGUCCUGGCGGUGGUUCCACUGCCGAUUCGCAUAGCCACAGGCUUUGAAUUACCGGCGGCCGCUGAGUUUGCCUUCGCGCACUACCUCCUAGUUUGUGUGGUUCCCAUGCUUCGGCUGCUAAAGCUGAUCCGCCGGUUCGGCCAGAUUCAGCUCCUAGCGCACGUCUUCCGAACGACAGGCGAUGCCCUCAAGUUUUUGCUCUUCCUGGUCUCGAUCAUUGUGCUGCUGUUCAGUACCCUGCUCUACAUCUUUGAGCCUUCGUCUAACGUCGACUCGAUGUUCACAGCGAUGUGGGUCAGCACUGUGACCGUGACGACCGUUGGCUUUGGCGACAUCACGCCCGUGACGUCGGAAGGGAAAAUGUUGAUGGGCGUCCUUUGCUUCUUUAGCUCACUGUUCAUGGCGAUGCCUAUCUCGGUCUUGGGCAAUGCGAUGAGCCACGCCUGGACGGACCGUAACCGGAUCUUGCUCAUGGCACGUAUGACGUUGCAGGCCUCGGACAAUGCGUUGCAUGCCAUCUCCACCGAUGGCUUGCGAUGCAACCUGAUUCCCAUGAAUGCGGGCAUCAGCGUCUGCGAGAGAAGCGGUCGCUGGCACCUGGCGGCUCAACUCCACCAGUACCUCCGCGACCAGCUGCUGGAGUCCGAUGUGAUUACUGGAAAUACGGCGAUCAGCGCCUGCGAGAAGGCAAAUCUGUGGAAGCCAGGGCUCAGCCUGCUGGCAUCGAUGCAGCAGCAGGGUGUCGAGACCGAUUCGAUUACGUUCAAUGGGGCCAUGGCUGCCUGCGAGAAGGGAGAGCAGUGGGAGGAAGCGCUGCAGCUUUUCAAGGACUUGUGCGUGGGGCGAGGUCCAAGCGUAGUCUCCUACGGCUCCGCAGUGAGUGCCUGCGGCAGAGGCGGAGACUGGCGACGAGGCUUCAGCAUGUUGUCAGAACUCGGAAAAAGUCGGUUGGAGGCUACGACUGCAGUUUUUGGUGCGGCCAUUACACAGUGUGAACAUGAUGCGCAGUGGCCCGCCACCCUCGCUCUGCUGGGAGAGCUGCUGCACCACCAGCUGGAGGUGAAUAUUGCCAUUUAUGGCGCGGCCAUCAGUGUCAUGGAGAGAAGCUGGAAGUGGCAAUGGGCCGUCGCGUUGCUGACGGACAUGGAGCUCGCUCGCGUGCAGGCCAAUGUCAUCCCAUACAAUGCCGCCAUAAGCGCCUUGAGCCACGCCAGCCGCUGGCAGCUGGCAGUGGACUAUCUGGCAGUUGUCACUGAGAGCAGCGUUGAGAUCAACGUGGUGACUCUGGCAGCUGUGGCCACAGCCUGUGGCAGAGCUGGCAUCUGGCAGCAGGCGUUAGGCUUGCUGCAUGUAGCUCAGGAAAAGAGCUUGUCCAACAUAGUUUCGUAUGGAGCUGCAAUCAGUGCCUGCGAACAAAACGAGGAGUGGCAACAGGCUUUGGGCCUGCUUUCCUCCGCUCUUGCGGAGAACCUGCAGGCGAACGCUGUGAUUUUCAGUGCCGCGAUGAGCGCCUGCGCAAAAGCAUCGAUGUGGCGGCAGGCCUUGGCGCUCUACCUGCGCGCACGCCACGCGGGUGUAGAGAGGGACACGGUCUUGGCCAGCUCCGCCAUAAGUGCGGCAGGUGAAGGGAAGAGCUGGCUCGGCGCCGCGCAACUCCUCACAGAGAUGUAUGUGGCAGAGCAAGCGCCGAACCUGGUGGCGUGCAACUCUGCGAUGGCCGUUUUCAGAGAUGCAGGGACAUGGCGCAAGGUGCUUCACCUCUUUCAAGACAUGGAGAGGGGGGGAAUGGAGGUUGACGCCGUGGCUUGUGGCGUCGCACUGGACGCUUGCGAGAAGGCCAGCGAAAGUCAGCAGGCUUCCGCAUUGUUAACGAGCCUGGAUUCUGACCAGCUUUGUCGAUUGCAAGAGUUCUGGGAGACUCGCAGGUUCUCUGGAGACUCCGAUGGGUGA